AUGGUGGACAUCAAUCCUAGACUUUACGAUCUGACCAGUCAUUGUCCACAGCUUUUCCCUAACCGGGUGCGAUAUGCAGCCCUUAUCACCGUCAAUCUCUAUGUUUUCAUGGGCAAUAUGUACUCGUCCGGCCUGGCGGUUGGCUUCGAGGCCCUAGCAGAGUAUUUUGAGAUGCAAGAUUCUCAACUAUCACCUCUUAUCACUUACUCAGUCUUGUCUAUGGGACUGGCGAACUUGGUUUGGAUGCCCCUUGCAUUAUGUUUUGGAAAACGACCAAUCGUCUUAUUCUCCAUGGCAAUGUUCCUAUGUGGCAUUGCAUGGAGCGCGGUCGCGAAUGACUUUCACAGUCUUCUUGCAUCCCGAAUUUUUGCUAGCUUCGGCUAUGGUGCCAUUGAAUCUCUUGGACCUAGUAUCCUAGCAGACCUUUUCUUCGAGCGAAACUAUGCAAGUGCAAUGGCCGUCUACGCUGCCUCCUUGUCUGGUGGAUCUCAGAUUGGCCCAGUCAUUGCCGGAUACCUCAUUCAGGCUCGAGGCUGGAGAUGGUUCUUCAUCCUCUGCGCAAUCAUUGCAGGUGCCAACUUUGUCUCCACCAUCUUCCUUCUACCAGAGACUACCUACGAGCCCGAGGAGAAUUCCGAGCGCAAUGAUGAUGCUGAUGAUGCCGAUGAUAUUGAGAAAGAUAAUAGCAGUCACGUUGAAGCCGUGCGAGUCAAUACUCAACAUGGCGACCGUGUCAAAAUGGACUACGGUGAAUACUCGAAGGGAUUGUUCACUGUGAAGAUGACGAGGGCUGCAAAGGAGAAGGGUUUGUUCAAAUACUUCGCCUACCUUUUCGUCCUGCCAUUCCCACUUCUGAUGGUUCCUGGUGUGUUGAUCGCAUCGAUCAUGUAUGGUGUGGUUCUAGGAGGUAUCGUUGCUAUUUCAACCCUCGCCCCGGAUAUUUUCGCUCCACCACCAUACCUCUUCACCUCCGCUGACCUCGGUCUGUUCACCCUCGGAAGCUUCGUCGGUGUCGUCGUCGCCUGGCCCAUCGCUGGUCCCUUGACCGAUCUUCUCUCUCGCUGGAUGCGCAAACGCAACAAUGGUGUUCACAAGCCAGAGCACCGUCUACCAGCGCUUAUCCUCCCCUUCUUGAUCUGCCCUAUCGGUCUGAUUGUAUUUGGAUAUACAGUCGCGCGGGAGCAGAACUACCUUCGUCCUGCUGUUGGAUCCGCUAUCUGUGCAGCUGGACUAGCCCUGGUUCCCUCGGUGAUGCUCUCAUACGUCGUGGACUCGUACCCCCGAGUCGCGGGAGAGGCUCUUGUGUUGGUUAACACAUCGAAGAAUGUCGUCGCCUUUGGACUCGCCACGGGUGCGUACUCCUGGAUGGAGGAGCAAGGCGUGGAGAAGAUGUUUUACGAAUUUGCGGGAAUUGAAUGGGCAGUGCUGGCACUCGGAUUGCCCCUUUACUUUGCAGGGCCAUGGCUGCGAGCCCGUACUGAGAAACUGCUUUAA